GAGAAUGUCAUUCCUCGGAAAUGAUUGAGAAAGUAUAACAUAAUUUUCAAAAUUUGAUAUCUUCUCUGUUUCCAAUGACAACAAGCUCAAAUUCUUCCAUAAAAAAAAAUAAAUAAAUAAACAAAUAACAACAGGCCAAAUUGUAGAAGAACACACAAUAUAAAAAUAAUAUUACAUGCAAAGUCGUUGUACUGUAUAUUCCCUCACUCAACAAAGUCUUCCUUUUUUCUUUUAAUAAAGAAUCAAUUCUCUUCUCUCUCUCUCCAAUUACUAAAACCUUUGUUGUUAAGAAACCCACCACCAUUGAUGAAUUGAAUUGAAGUAAAGAUACAGUCUUUAUAGUAUUAUUAGUAGAGUUACAGAGAAGGAUUAUGAUCAAGACUCAAGUCAAUGUAACUAAGUAACACUAAAGAUGAAAGGAGAAUCUUCUUCACCAUUUCCAAAUAAAAAGAAGAUUUUUUCUUCUUCUUCUCAACCAUUUCAGAAUAGGAGGAAAACUAACUAUGUUUCUUCUUCUUCUUCAACAACUCAAGUUAAGAAGAAAGCUAGUGCUGCUUCUGAUGAUGGUUUUACUGAUACUGUGUUUUCUUGGUCUUUUGAUGAUGUUUUCAAUCAUGACCUUUACACCAACAAGGUGAAAAAGAUUCCUGGAUCAUUUCGAUCAGUUGAGCAUUACUUGGAGUCUUAUGUCAACCCUUUAUUUGAAGAAACUCGAGCUGAAUUGCACUCGAGUAUGGAAAUGAUGCAUCGAGCACCUUUCGCUGAGGUAAUUUCUUUUGAAGAAGCUUUACUAAAUGGGAAAAAACUAUACCAAGUUCGAGUUAGUUCUUGGAGAAACGUUUCUAGUAAUGGUGGCAGGGAAUCUUACAAGACAAUUCCUGGUGACAUUUUUGUUCUAGCAAAUAGUAAGCCCGAAAAUGUUAAAGAUUUGCGAAGAGAAGGCAUGUCAUGGACUUUUCUAUCUCUUGUUGAUCAUCAAGGGGGUGUAAAUACCACUCAGUUCAAAGUCAAGGCAUCAAAAGGGUUUAAGCAUGAGACCAUGAAGCAGCAGUCAUCGUCGCUCUAUGUCAUUUUCUUAGUGAAUGUAAUGCCUCAGAUAAGAAUAUGGGAAGCAUUGCAUAUGUCGCCCAAUCUAAAGAUGAUUAAUGAAGUCUUAUGCAAUUCUGGGGCUAAGAUUCAAUGUGAUGGUUGUUCUGAACUGAGUAAUGGAUUCUGGGAUGAGAAAUGGAAGGAGAAUAAUUUGUGUUCCGAACUGAAUGAGUCUCAAUCUAUAGCAGUUUUAUCAUGUCUUCAUAUGAUAGACUGCAAAAACAAAUCUUCUGUGCAACUUAUAGGGGGUCCCCCAGGGACAGGGAAAACUAAAACGACCAGUACUGUUCUCGUGAACCUCUUGAGAAUGAACUGUAAAACCCUCGUCUGCACUCCAACAAAUGUUGCCAUUUCUGAAGUGGCUUCUUGUCUGCUGAGGUUGGUGUUAGAUGCAGAGGGUAAUGAUUUGUUCUGUUCAUUGGGGGGUAUUCUUCUUUUUGGAACUACGGAGAAACUCUGUGGUUCACAUAUUCAAGAGAUGUAUUUGGACUAUCGAGUCCAAAAGCUUGGAGAGUGCUUUGGAUCAUUUGGCUGGAAGAAAUGGUUCCCUUCCAUGAUAAAUCUUCUGGAAAAUUCUGUUUCUCAGUACCAUUCAUUCUUGCAGAAUGAGUUAACCGAAGAGAGAGGAGAAAGCAAUGUAACUAGAGUUGAAAAGAAGGGAAAAGUUAAAUCAUUUCUUGAGUAUAUGAGAGAAACAUUUGAUUCUACUUCUUCAGAACUUAAGAGAUACAUCUCUAUCAUAUGUACGCAUACCGCGAAAAGUUACAUUUCGGAAAAAAAAUUCCAAGAUAUGGUGUCCCUUGUUCGCUCACUUGUUACUUUUGAAUCAUCAUUGCUUCAAGAAAAUGUGGAAUCUGAAGUACUGGAAGAGCUGUUUUCUCAUCCAGAAGUAACUCAAUAUGAAUCUCAUUCAUAUGCGGAUGAAAUAUAUUUAUUUCUCUUUCAGGAAAGAAGUGAGUGUCUAUCUUUGCUGAGAGAUCUUUAUAAUUCCCUUAACAGACUUGACAUUUCGUGUUUCAAGGACAAACAUGCAAUAAAGAACUUCUGUUUCGAAAGAGCAUUGUUAAUUCUUUGUACUGUAUCGAACUCAUCAAGGCUGCACAAAUUAGCUGUUAAUCCAACCAUUUUGGUUAUUGAUGAAGCUGCACAAUUGAAAGAGUGUGAGUCACUCAUACCUCUUCAACUUCCAAGUUUAAAGCAUGCUAUUCUUGUUGGUGAUGAAUGGCAAUUACCAGCGACUGUUAAAAGCCGAGUUUGUGAGGAAGCUGACUUUGGAAGAAGUUUAUUCAAGAGAUUGUUGUUAAACAAUUUUUCGAAGAAGCACCUCCUAAAUAGGCAAUACAGAAUGCAUCGAUCAAUAAGCGCUUUCCCAAAUUCAAAAUUUUAUAAUGACAAGAUCAUUAAUGAAGAUAGAGUUGAAAGACAGGACUUUCUCCCGGGGCCAAUGUUUGGUCCAUAUUCUUUUAUAAAUGUAACUGUCGGAAGAGAGGAAAAGGAAGAUGAUGGACAAAGACAAAAAAAUAUGAUCCAGGUAGCUGUUAUCUUGAAAAUACUGCAGAAGCUGUUCAAAGCAUGGGUGGAGACAAAAGAAAAACUCAACAUUGGCGUAGUGUGUCCCUACACUGCUCAAAUCGAUGCAAUUCAGGAAAAUCUUCGGGGUAUGUAUGAUAAAUUCGAUGGCUUUCAUGUAAAGGUGAAGACAGUUGAUGGAUUCCAGGGUGGGGAAGAGGACAUAAUAAUAAUGUCCACUGUCUGUUGUAGUAGUGAUAAUCCUUCAUCGGAUUUCAAAUCUGAACGUCGGAGAAUUAAUGUCGCUCUUACAAGGGCUAGGAAUUGUCUCUGGAUUUUGGGUGAUGAAAGAAGUCUAGCUGAUGAUCAAUUAGUUUGGCAACCUAUACUCAUUAAUGCGAAAAGUCGUGGAUGUUUUUUCAAUGCUGAAGAUGAUGAGGAUUUAGCUGAGGCUUUAAUUCAAUUCAAGAAAGAGUUCAGUCCAAUUGAUGAUAUGCUUAAUGCUAAGAGUGUAUUGUUCAGGAAUUCAAAGUGGAAGGUCUUUUUCAGUGAUAACUUUCUGAAGUCAUUAACAGCAAUCGGAACAAAUAAGUCAGUUAGGAAACUUCUAGUUAAGCUUUCUGAGGGCUGCAGACCGAGGGAACAUAUUGUAGUAGCUCGUGAGAGUUCUUUGCCAGUAAAGAUUUUCGAGGUUGAAGGUUUGUGUGUUGUCACCACUGUUGACAUACUACAAGGGGAUUUUGGUUACGUGCAAGUUUUGAAGAUCUGGGACUUGCUGCCUUAUGAUGAUACUCCAAGACUGAUAGAAUUCAUUGACCGUAUUUUUGUGAAGUACAAGAAAGAUUUUAUCAACCUCUGCAAUGAAAUUCGUUUUGAAGGCAAAUUAGAAGUACCGAAUAGUUGGCCAUCCUAUUUAGAUAUUGUUCAUUUUGAGGAUCUUUCCAUGGAAAAAGGUGGAAGUAAUUUAGAUGGAGCUGUUUCUGAUCAAAGAGGUUAUGAUAAGAAUUCCAAGGUCAAUGAGAGUUCACUGCCUAUGAAAUUCUACUCUAUGUCAAGUUGUGUAGUGAAUCACAUACUAUCUGACCGUGAUGGUAGAGAGUUGGAUCUCCCUUUCAAAGUACUAGACCUAGAAAGGGAGAUCAUCAAUUGUAGUACAAGUACAUUUGUACAGGGACGGUCAGGUACUGGGAAAACUACUGUCUUAACCAUGAAGUUACUUCAGAAAGAAUACUUCCAUCAUAUGACUAUGGAAGGAUUUUAUGGAGUCAAAACCAAUGCAUUUGGACCUGUCAAUCGAAAUUGUGGGGCUCAGGAUAACUCAGCAGAAGCUCAGGGAAGUGGUUUACGCCAGCUUUUUGUGACAGCAACUCCUAAUCUUUGUAAAUCUGUCAAGCAACACAUUUCCAACUUGAGAAGUUCAUGUAGUGCUCACCAUCCGGCUGAAAGAACGUUGAUUGAUAUGGUUGAUAUUGAUAAGGAAGAAUCAAGAUUGAAGAACAUCCCAGAUUCUUUCCAAGACAUUCCUCAUGAUUCCUAUCCUCUUGUUGUAACAUUCCACAAAUUUUUGAUGAUGCUUGAUGGAACACUGAGUAAAUCAUAUUUCGAAGGAUUAAUUGAUAUGACAGAAUUUUCACUAAGUCACAUGCCAUGCUCGAGAUCACGUAUUAUAGAGUCCUUCAUAAGGACCAAGGAAGUCAACUAUGAAAGGUUUAGUUCACAAUACUGGCCUCAUUUUGAUUCCAAAUUAACAAAGAAGCUUGACUCUUCCACAGUCUUUACUGAAAUAAUUUGUCGUAUUAAAGGUAGCCUGCAAGCCAUGAAAGCUAGUGAUGGUAAACUUACUUGGGAGGACUAUCUUAAGUUUGCAAAGGGAGGUCCCUCUGGCUUAAGUAGGAAUAAGAGACAAACAAUAUAUCAAAUAUUUUGGUCUUAUGAAAAACAGAAGAUGGAAAAUGGUGAAUUUGAUUUGGCUGAUUUUGUAAAUGGUCUUCACAACCAACUCAGAGAUGAAAGAUACAAAGGUGAUGAAAUGCAUUUUGUGUAUAUUGAUGACGUGCAAGACCUUACAAUGAGUCAACUUGCUUUGUUUAAACAUGUAUGUUGUAAUGUUGAAGAGGGUUUUGUUUUCUCCGGUGAUGAUUUACGCUCAGCAACAGAUGGUAUGGAUUUUAAGAUCCAAGAUAUACAAUCUCUGUUUGACAAGAAAAUUAUCAUCAAUUCGACUGGCAGAAGUGAAGAUAGAGAAGACAAGGGAAAAAUCACAAAAAGUUUCCAUUUGACUCGAAACUAUUGUUCCGACUCAGGUAUUUCGAAACUAUCACAAAGCAUUUUGGAACUAUGCUAUCAUUUCUUUCCUCUCUCUACCGAAAUGAUCAAAUAUGAAACCACAAAAGUAAAUGGUGGAGCUCCAGUUUUGCUUGAAUGUGGGAGCAGCAAAAAUGCUAUCAUAACACUGUUUGGGAGAAGCAAAAAUGCUAGCCGAAAUGCUAACAUUGGUUUUGGGGCCGAGCAGGUGAUUUUGGUAAGAGACGAAGAUACUCGAAAGGAAAUUAAGGACUAUGUUGGCAAACAAGCUCUUAUCCUAACCAUACCAGAGUGCAAGGACAAGUUUCAGGAUGUAUUAUUGUACAACUUUUUCGGGUCAUCUCCUUUGGGAGAACAAUGGAAGGUUAUAUGCAACUACACUAAGGAACAAGAUAUGAAUCUUGUUUUCGGAUCAUUUCCUGUUUCCACGUCACCUACUUUUCCUCUCUUCGACAUAUCCAAACAUUACAUUAUGUUGCAUGAGUUGAAGCUAUUAUACAUUGCUGUUUCAUGUACAAAGCAGAGAUUGUGGAUUUGUGAUAGCACAGAACUAUCAAAGCCUAUGUUUGACUAUUGGAUUAAGAAGUGUCUUGUUCAAGUUAAACAACUGGAUGAUUCGUUCGUAUUUUCAAUGCAAGUCCCAAGCAGUAAACAAGAGUGGAAAUCACGAGGCAUCAAGCUGUAUUAUGAACACAACUACGAAAUGGCCUCGAUUUGCUUUGAAAAGUCUUUUGACAUAGAUUGGGAAAGAAAAUCUAAAGCUUCUGGUCUUAAGGCUAUGGCUGAUCGUAUCUGUUCUUCCAAGUCUCAAGAAGCUAGUUCUUUGCUUAGGGAAGCUGCUGAGAUAUUCAUAGCUUUAGACGAGACUGAUUCUGCUGCUAGAUGCUUUUGUGAUUUGGGGGAGUAUGAAAGAGCAGGUAAUAUAUAUUUUAAAAGUUGUGGCGAGUCUGAGCUACAAAGAGCUGGAGAAUGUUUUACUCUUGCAGGAUGCUAUGAGCUUGCAGCUAAAGCCUAUGCAAGAGGAAAUUUGUUCUCGAAGUGUAUAGAUAUAUGCACCAAAGGAAAGCUAUAUAGUAAGGGUUUGGCGUACAUAGAAUGCUGGAAACAACAUGCUAAGAAAGAAGGUGAUAUGAACACUAAAGCUGAAGAAAUAGAAAAAAUUGAACAGGAGCUUUUGGAGAGAUGUGCUCUCAAUUGUUAUGAGGUUAAAGAUAAUAGAUCCAUGAUAAAUUAUCUCAAAUCUUUUAAAUCAAUGAAUUUAGUUCGUAACUUUUUGCGGCCAUUAGGUUGCUAUGAUGAACUUAUGUUGUUGGAAGAACAUUCAGGAAAUUUUAUGGAGGCUGCUGAAAUUGCAAAGCUGAAAGGAGAUGUACUUGCUGCAAUAGAUCUUCUUGAGAAGGCUGGAAAAUUUAACGAAGCAGCAACUCUUAUUCUUUCCUAUGUUCUUGCGAAUUCGCUCUGGUCAUCUGGUAAAAAGGGUUGGCCCUUAAAGUUGUUCAAACAAAAGGAUCAUCUUUUAACGAAAGCCAAGUCAUUUGCCAAGAACGUGACACCGGAUUUUUAUGAGUUUGUGCUCACAGAAGCUGAGAUUAUGACAAAUGAGAAGACUGACUUAGCCAAGAAGAAAAAUCAAAUGAUUGCUUCACAGAGUAAAGAGAGUGUUAGAGGUGAGAUCUUAUCAUCCCGGAAAAUUCUUGAUGCUCAUCUUGCUUCUUCAAAGCUGGCAGAGUAUGUCUGGGAAGAAGAUUUAGUACAUGAUCUUAUGAGGCAUUCAGAAGACUUGAUUUCCAAAAACCAGAUUUCAGUGGAGUCAUUAGUCUACUUCUGGAAUUUUUGGAAGGACAAGAUUGUCAGGAUUUUUGAAUAUCUUGAAUGUCUACAGUCUCAUAAUGUUGAUGUAUUUAAAAGUUAUGGAGAAUUCUGUUUGAGCUUUUUAGGUGUUUUGAAACAGUCUCAGAAUCAGCAUACGAAUUUUGUCUUGCUGAACACUGAUGCUGCUUGGGCAAGAAAUGUAGAGAAAAGAUCCGUUUGCAGUAAUGGAAAGUUGGUUUCUAUCGAUGUCUUCGAGUUUGUUUCUGCUGCUAAGAAUUACUGGUCUUCAGAAGUUCUCUCUGUUGGUUUUAUGGUUCUACACAAACUAGAGGCCAUCCAUAAGUUUGUGACCGAGAAAUCUCAUCCAGUUUUCAGGAAAUGCAGGACUCUUUCUCUUAUGUAUGAGGUUGUACAAAUUCUUUUAGAGUCCAAGUUUCUUAAGAGAACACAUGAUGAAUUACAGGAUCUGCGGAAAUUGAGGAGACUAUCUACUGAUAGUUUUUUAGCUCACAUAUUCCCCUUAGAUUGGCGGAAAUCGUUGGUGGAAAACCAUAUUUCUUUCAGAGGAACAUACUUUUGUAAGAAUUUUCUAAAGCAAUUCACAGUUGAACAUGCCGUCUCAUCUAAUUUGUCUUACAGAGAACUUGGAAAUGUGGCCAUGUUUAUUCUUGUAUCAGGCAAGCUCAAUGAUGAACUGUUUCAAAAGAUUCUGAGAAGGGUAGAGUGGAAUCGUCCGUGGAAGCAAUUCUUCGAGACUUUACACACGUGUGAAGGUUCAUACAAUCCGAAUCUGUCUCUGAUUUGUAGGCUUCAUGAAGCUUUGGAAGAUACAUACAAUGCACAUUGCAGAGGAGUAUAUGACUGCAUAUCUAUUGGAUGUUUCUUGUAUCUUCUUGAGUGCUUUGUGACUUUGUUAUCUUCCUUUGAAAGUUGCUUCAUUGCUACAAAGUCAUCAUUUGUUGAGUGGCUCGUCUACCAAGAUGUUCAUACAACGAACAAGUCAAGUUCCAAUACGUGGAUUUGUUUUCGACAACCCCGUUUAGAGCUAUUACAGUUUGUUAUCCAUGCUAUAAAGCAUUGCCUUCACAACAAGGAAUUUAUGACUGAAUGGAUCAAAAGAUCUGUCUUAGUUGAGAAUGAGUCCUACUCAUUACUUGUUCAGAGGAUGGUUGCCAUAAUCUGUUUGAUUUAUGUGAAUUUCGAAAUAUGCUUGGACUUGCUUCUUGAUUUACGAGGAAGAAGUUACAUCACUGAACAACUACCAAGGCAGUUUUGUGAAACCCUCAAGUCUAGUUUUCAAAAUUCAAAUCUCGAUAAAGCCUUUAUGCAAAUAGACAAUAAUUUGGUGAUUGUGAGCUUUAGGGAAAAAUCCUCAAAGUAUUCCUUUCCAAAUGCUGUACUCGUCAACAUGGAGGCCUAUCAUCACAAAAACGACAUCAUAAGAUUAUUGUUUACGAAAACCUUUGACACUUCAGAAGACUUAACUCUAGCUCAGCCUUCUGUAACAGAAGCCUGUGACUCUUGCACAGAAACAGUUUCUACAAGCAGUUCAACCACAGGGAUGAGUUCCGAGCUUUCACAUUCUAGUUUUGAGUUAGCAACUGAUCAUGACAGCCACACUUGGAACAAACCCGACUGCAAUCCACCAAUGGAUGUUGUAUGCUUUUGGGAGAUAUUUGAAAGGAUUAACUCCGAUGUUUCUGGAAUAGGCGAAGUGGAAUUUACAUUGAAUCCUCAAACAAUUAAGGACAAUGUGGAGAAAUGUAUUCGCUUCUUAACUGCAACAAUAUUGGCUCAAAACACUUGUCUCUUUGAGGAAAAAAGCUUAUCUGUGGCCGACAUGAUAAACGAUCUGAAGCAAUUCUCCGCUGCAUUGGAUUCGAGGAAUAUAAAUGUUGUGAAAAAGCUUUCUAAGAGGCUGCAAUCAGAGAAACCAAGAGUGAAACUUGUCUUGUCACAGCUAUAUUCCCAACCCACCACAGAUCUUGACAAUAUGGCUUUGAAGAAGGCUUAUGUAGACUCUGAUGACCAAGAUCAUGUAAAGGAACAAAUUGGUACCAUGCCUGAGAAAAUUGGUAUUGCUGACAAGGGUAAAUUAAAGGUUUCUGAAGCUAGUAGUACCAGUAGUACAGAGUCCAAGGUUUUAGAAACCAGUAGAGAAUCCAAGGUUUCUGAAGCUAGUAGUAGCAGUAGUAAUACUGGAUUUAAAAUUAGUGAGUCAAAGGUUCCUCCAGUACAGGGAAAGAAAGAACAAAGUGGUUGUUACAUUCAGUGAUAGGUUUUGAGGAGUAUAUGAAAUCUGUUAUCUCUAAAUUGUUUGUACAAAUUUCAUCUACAGAAACUGAAAUAUGUAAAAUAUUUAUAACAUUGAAAUAUCUAUAAUAAGACGACCCUGUUUCUUUUUAGAAA